AAGGGGUGGGGAGCCGGGAGCCUGCAAAGGGGUUUGGUUGGCUGAGGAGCAUUUUUUAAUUUCUUUUUCUUCCUCCCUCCUCCCUCCCCAUCUUUUCUUCUUUUCCAAAGAAAGAUCCCUGCUCUCUCUCUCUCUCUCUCUCUCUCUCUCUCUCUCUCUCGCUUUGUGUGUUUUGUUUUGGGCUCUCUUUGCAACAGAUCAAUGGAAGCGCCACCAGCCACAGAGUAGCAAAAUUAUGGGAUGGCGUGUGCCUUGGCCCGCCUCUCCGCAGAGUGGUGGGACAAUGUGGCUUUUGAUUUGCAGCAGGAGGGUCUGCCCGGAUUAGGAGCUGGUUGGAUCCGUCUUCCUUUUCUCCCUCUGUGUUAUCUCCCCCCCCCUCAAAGAAUAUUGCCAGCAGGGGACAUAAAUCAGGAAAGGAAGGUUUUUGUUUGCAUUUUUUUUUUUGGGGGGGGUGGUAUAAAACUAGGAGAGCCGGACAAAGAAGGGAAAAGAAGAGGGUCGUUUUGAUCUCCUCUACAAAUUUAUUUUUUAAAUAAUAAGAAUAACUCCCCAACUUUGUGUGAAUGGACUUGGAGGAGGUGCCUGGACCCGCAGGAACAGGACUGGCUGGUCCCGGAAGGGGUUUUGGACGAGUUCUUAAAUGGUGCGGCGUUUGUUUUCAUUUUCGAAUUAUAAAUAUGUUUUCACCCCAGAAAAUCACCUUUGGCUGAAUUUCCCCUCGGAUCAAAAGAAACUGGCAGGUGCAGACAAGGCGGACGACUCCUGAUUUGGAUUAUGAAUCACGUUGACCCAUGAAGGAUUAGCUGGGUGCCGUUUGAGACUCCUUUCUCCUUCCAGGCUUGGCGUCUUCUGCCAAGAGGGAUCAGCGGCUUUCUUGUUGUUGGGCAAGGGGGACAAAUGGCCAAGUGGUUUAAGGAUUACUUGAGUUUUGGGAGCAGGAGGUCUCCCCCACAGCCCCCCAAACCAGAUUACACCGAAAGUGAGAUCUUGAAAGCCUACCGAGCUCAGAAGAGCUUGGAUUUUGAGGAUCCCUACGAAGAUGGCAAUGGGAAACUGGAUCCGGACUCAGAAGGGUCCCCAAACAAAGGGGUUGCUGCUGCUGCUGCUGCUGCUGCUGCUGCUGCAGGAAUCAGUGUGGAAGGGAAGUAUGGCUCCCCCAAGCACAGACUCAUCAAAGUGGAAGCUUCUGACCUGAACAGGACCAAAGCCCUCUUGGCGGCUGAGGAUGUGACGACCCAGCCAGAUCAGGCCCCUGGGGAGAGUGAAUACUCUGAUCCCUUUGACGCCCACCGGGAGCCAAAAGAAGAGGAAGAGGAGGAGGCAGAGUCUGAGAACAACGGCUACAUGGAACCUUACGAUGCUCAGAAGGUGGUUGUUGAUUUCCAGCGGAAAAGCGACCGGGAUGAGCAAAGGGUGAAGAAAUCCCGGAUUGGGCUGCAGCUGUACGACACCCCCUAUGAGGAGAAGGAGCCUGAGGCUGACCCGGAGGGCAGGCCCCCCAGCAAGCCCCGAGAGAGCCGGCUGCCCCAGGACGACGAGAGGCCGGCCGACGAGUAUGACCAGCCAUGGGAGUGGAAGAAGAACCACAUCUCUCGGGCCUUCGCAGUAGACAUUAAGGAGAAUAAAGUCUUGCCCUGGCCACCUCCGGUAGGACAACUCACGGGCACAGAGGAAUCCCUAGAUCCAGAAGUGCAGUUUGAGACCCCAGACUGGGAAUGGACGUCCCUCGCCGCUGCCUCUUCCACGCACAAAGAACAUUGGCGCCCACACCUGACGGGGAGCUCCAAGUUUGUCCGGUCGCAGAGCCCUGAGCACAGCCUUCCUGCUGCGGAGCGCAUCGACCCCUCGCUGCCCUUGGAAAAUCAGGCGUGGUUUCACGGCACCAUCAGCCGAGCCGACGCAGAAUCCCUCCUGACCCUCUGCAAGGAAGGCAGCUACCUGGUCCGGAACAGCGAGACCAGCCGCAACGACUACUCUCUCUCCCUCAGGAGCAGCCAAGGCUUCAUGCACAUGAAAUUCACCCGGACGAAGGAGAGCAAGUAUGUCUUGGGCCAGAACAGCGCCCCCUUCGACAGCGUCCCCGAAGUCAUCCAUUUCUACACGGCUCAAGAGCUGCCCGUCAAAGGUGCUGAGCACCUCUCCUUGCUGUAUCCAGUUGCCGUUCAGACUCUGUGAAAAGGACUCUGGCUGCUGGCUGCUGUGGGAGCAAAGGGGAUGCUGUUAUAUUCUUUAUUUUUCAUUUGAUCCAAAGAGACUUGGCAUGUUGAAUGUCUGGAGUGCAGAACAUCGGGAGGAGAGGCACCCCUUCUAGUCCUCCUGCUCCUAAGCAAGAACAAUGGACAGUCUACCGCCCAGCCACCUGCCCUCGUUCCACAACCGCGACGUCUCCAGCAGUGGGGAAGGGUGUCCUGGGGUGACCUGCUCUUCCCCACUUGCUGGGUACCCUGACACCUCUGGCCUUGCUUAUCUCUGUCUCAAUUUGCUGGGUUCUGAGCCAGGAGGCCCCGUUUUGAGGCUGCCCCCAGAGCCUGCUCUCCGUUUUGUUUCCCAUUUCAGCCUCGCAGCAAAGUCCGCCCUGCUGAUCCUGCCUUCAGGGAGAGGGGAGAAUGAGCCUUCUGAGAUCUCAGAAUGUAUCUUGCUUUCCAGAGGCUCCCCGCUGUAGAAUCACACAAUUGUAGACUCACACAAUUGUAGAGUUGGACCCCUGCAACACAGGAAUCGCAGCUCAUGUUUUUCUGAAUUACUCAAAGCAGCCAGAAUUGGGGGGGGGGCAGCGUUCCUGCACCCAGGGCUUGUUAAUUGCCUCCACCUGGCAGCAGGCUCAGACUCCUGCAAUAUUUCCAAUGUGUACGAUUGUCCCACCCAAAAAGCAAUGCCCUCUUAUCCUGUAACGUUUAGUGUGGCCAAUUGUUGUUGGCACUCCUAGUGCAUCGCAUGGAUUGAUUGAUUUGGGAAGGACAUCAGAAGCCGUCUCAUUUAGCCCCCAGCAAUGCAGGAAAUGGGUGGCUGCAGCAACCCUGGCAGGUCGGCCUCUGCUUCAAAACCUUUUUGAGAAGGAGCGUCUUUCUGUCCUGUUGGUUCAGGAUCUCCCUCAAGGACCAGAGUCGCUCCAUCCUCUCUCUGCAACAAGCUCUUGCAGCAAAAGCAAAACACAGAGUCUGGUGGCACCUUAGGCGGCUGACGAAUUUAUCAUGGCACAAAGCUUUCUCUUUGUCAGAUGCAUUAAGGGGGAUCUUACUUGGCAGGCAGAUAAAGGCGGAAAUUCAAUUCAAUUCAAUAUAAGUUUAUUGUUCUUGCCAAAGGCCAUGACAAACCCACAGCAAGAGUACCAAUAAAAGAACACGGAUCAUGCGCCCAUAAUAUAAGAGACAGGUUACCAGAGACACCAACAAACUCAAAUCCAGCUUGUGUUCAAAUUAAACCUCUGAAUCACCAUAA